AACAAUAUUUUUUAUAAGAUUAUGUAUUCAUUGUAAAUAAAUAGUUAUGUCAGACAACAAGGAAAGAAUUAAAGUUUAUUUAACCCUUAUCUGUGUGAAUUGAUUGAGAUCUGUAUACUAUAAAUUCCCUGCAAGGAAUAGUAUAUUGUCAGUGUCUUAUGCACAAGUAAAGAUGUUUGUGAUAGUAACGAGUUUCUUAGUACUUUUGAAUAUUGCACAUGGAAAUAUUUUAGCACAAUCACAUCCAGCCGAAAGUAAUAAUGACAUUAAGUCGGCGCCACGAAUCGUUGGCGGUGUGGAGGCGCCUGAGGGUUACGCGAAACACAUGGUGGCUCUGGUAGUGGGAUCAUAUAUAAAGAUGUUGACUUGUGGAGGUUCCAUAGUCACUCGCAGACACAUCCUGAGCGCGGCCCACUGUAUAGAACCUUAUGUCAUUUGGGGAGAACUGACACCGUACUUUUAUGGAGUCAUAGGAUCUAACAGCUGGCGAUCCACCGAGCGUGUUGUUAGAUUCUCCGGACAUGUGAACCAUCCAGGUUUUAGUUGGAUAACAAUCAAAAACGACAUUGGCGUGUUGAUCACCACUGAGGAUAUACGGUACACUGAUAGAGUACAGCCGGUAUCAUUGAGCUGGAACUGGACACCUGGUGGAAGAACUGCAUUUGCCACUGGCUGGGGAUUGACGACAACGGGCACUAGUGAGGCUCCGGAGAGGCUCCAACUCCUGUACGUGAAGACAAUCUCACCCCUGACCUGCAUAUUGGGUGUUAGAAAUGCCUCCUCAGGCUGGGAAGCGAAUCCACCGACAGUGGACCCCCUGCAGGAGCUAUGUACAUUCCACUCCAUGGGACACGGGAUGUGCAAUGGUGACUCCGGAAGUGCUCUGGUGCUGCCGCAGUCGAGGGUCCAAGUCGGCAUAGUGUCCUGGGGAUUCCCCUGUGCGGUCGGAGCACCGGACGUCUUCGUUAGAGUCAGCGCGUUCAAAAACUUUCUUAUACCAAUUAUUGGAUCACAUCUUACUGAUUAAGUUAAAUAAAUAAAUUAGCAAUAAUAAUUUC